AUAAUGGAUGGAGGAAAUCAAUCUACAGUGUCAGAAUUUGAGCUUCUUGGACUUUGCCACUCAUGGAAUAUACAGAUUUUACUCUUCAUCGUAUUUCUGACUUUUUAUCUGGUCAUUUUGUUUGGAAAUGCUAUCAUCUUGAUCAUAAUUAUUGUUGACCCUCAUCUUCAUUCCCCCAUGUACUUCUUUUUGGUCAACUUGUCCUUUUUUGAUAUGUGGCUUUCCUCAGUGACAACUCCCAAGAUGAUCACAGACUUUUUCAGGGAGGACAAGACCAUUUCCUUUGGAGGAUGCAUGUGCCAGAUUCUCUUUGUCCAUUUCAUUGCAGGGAGCGAGAUGGUGCUGCUAGUGGUAAUGGCCUAUGACCGCUAUGUGGCCAUCUGCAAGCCACUGCACUAUUCCAUCCUCAUGAGCCUGCACAGAUGCAUUGGACUUGUAGUGACUGCGUGGACAGCUGGCUUUCUGCAUGGUAUUAGUCAAAUGGUUGUGAUUGUGCAGCUGUCAUUCUGUGGACCAAGGAAAAUAGACAGCUUUUUCUGUGAUAUACCACUGGUAAUUAAAUUAGCCUGCAUGGAUUCUUCUGACAUGGGAGCGUUAAUGAAUGCUGACAGUGGAAUUGUGGCUGUAACCUGCUUUAUUCUUGUGCUGAUCUCCUACCCAUACAUUCUUCUCACUGUCUUCCAAAGUUCUAAAACAGGUGCUUUCAAGGCACUGUCCACCUGCACUGCCCACAUCACAGUGGUGGUCAUCUUCUUUGUGCCCUGUAUCUUCAUUUAUGUGUGGCCACUAAACAUCACAUGGUUUGACAAAUUUCUUGCUGUCUUUUACUCUAUUUUUACUCCCCUGCUAAAUCCAAUUAUUUAUACUCUAAGAAAUAAGGAGAUGAAAAGUGCUAUGCAGAGAUUUAGAAACUAUUACAAGGAUUCACAAGAAAACUGUUAA